AUGUCAGAAAUAACAAUAACGGUCAAAUGUUCUAAUGAUACAAAAUAUACAGUAACCACAGAUAAAUCAAAAACUGUUUUAGAAUUUAAACAGCUUAUUGCAGAAAAAAGUGAAAUUCCAGCUGAUAAACAAAAAUUAAUAUACUCUGGUAAAGUGUUAAAAGAUAAUGAUACUCUUGAAACCUAUAAGAUUGCUGAAGGACACACAGUUCACAUGGUGAAAAGUUUAGGAGCUCGUGUUUCAUCUCAAUCAACAACACAAUCUGAACCAACUGCUACUUCAACAACAAAUACUACCAAUAAUCAAUCAACACAACCACAAAAUAUACCUCUUAAUCCAUUUACAGCACUGGGCGGAUUUGGUGGAGGCAGUGGAAAUUUUGGUACUAAUAAUGACGCAAAUCUUUUUAGUGAUAAUAAUAAUGGCGCACCAAAUAUGAAUAUGAUGAUGGAACAAGUUCUUAAUAAUCCUGCUUUGAUGCAAUAUGUUUUACAAAUGAUGCAGGAUCCUCAGAUUAUAGAUAAUGUAAUUGCCAUGAACCCACAACAAUUUGGUGAAAUGGCGCCUCAACUUAGACAGAUGACACAAGAUCCCGGAUUUCAAGCUUUAUUAUCAAAUCCAGAUGCAAUCCGUCAUAUUGCAACUUUAAAUCCAUCAUUGGGCAAUCCUGGAGGUUAUGGCAUGGGAGGUCUAGGUGUUCCACCAACAACUGCACCUACUAUUCCACCCGAAGAAAGAUUUCAAGUUCAAUUACAACAAUUAAAUGAUAUGGGGUUUUGGGAUGCACAGAAAAAUAUCCGUGCGUUAUUAGCCUCUGGUGGAAAUGUAAAUGCAGCUAUCGAACUACUUUUAAAAAAUUUUCAUCGUGAUCGGAAAUAA